AUGCCUCCUAAGAUUGACAAGGCAAUUCUCUCAGCCCUCGCGCUCGAUGCUGCGACUACCACUAUCGCAUCACAUGGUGGAUCGGGCUUUGCUAGCACGCUCAAACUCACGAGCCAUAAAGAUGAUAUUGAGAAAUUGUAUUUUGUGAAAACGGGGAGGGGGAAGGAGGCGGGGGUCAUGUUUGAAGGCGAGCAUACAUCCCUCAACGCAAUCCACAACACCAUCCCCUCCCUCUGUCCCAAAUCCCACGCCUUUGGCACCCUGGAAGACGCGGAUGGCGCGUUUCUCGUUACUGAUUUCCUGGAUCUGAAGGGGAAGGGAGACGGGUUGGCGUUGGCGAGGAAGUUGGCGGUAUUGCAUACCACGCCUGCGCCGACGCCUGAGGGGUGCGAGACCCCGGUGUUUGGGUUCAGGGUACCGACUUGUUGUGGGGAUACGUUGCAGGACAACACCUUCAGAAGCAGCUGGGCGGACUUCUACGGCGAGAAUCGACUUCAAGCAGUUUUGAAAGCUGGGGAGAAGAAACAUGGUAUCGAUACUGACUUGAGGAAUCUUGUGGAGAGGAUGGUGGAAGAAGUCGUUCCGCGGUUGCUUGGGGAUGGCCAUCUUAAAGAUGCGCAGACGGGCAGGGAUGUUAGACCGGUCGUUGUCCAUGGGGAUUUGUGGAGUGGGAAUUGGGGACGGACGAGGGAGGGGGAGGAGGUUGUGUUUGAUGCCGCGGGAAGUUAUGCGCAUGGCGAGUUUGAGUGGGGGAUUAUGAGGAUGUUUGGGGGGUUUGGGGGGGAGUUUGAGGGGGAGUAUUGGAAGGAGAGGGAGAGGAGGGGGUGGGGGAGGGAUGAACCGGUGGGGGAGGGGCGGGAUAGGGAGGGGUUGUAUGAGUUGUAUCAUCAUUUGAACCAUUGGGCUAUUUUUGGUGGGAGUUAUAAGGGGGGUGCGGUGGGGAUUAUGAGGGGGUUGUUGAGGAAGUAUGGGGAGGGUGGUGAGUGA